AUGGUUGAAGUCUUCAGAUUGCUGGAAAGUUUUGAAGAAGGAUUUUCCCUUGCUUAUCUAGCUGCGACGCAGUCAAGACUCAGUCUGGGUAUGUCGUUCAUGCUCCUGGCAGUCGUGCCGGUGUUUGGAGAUGUGCUGCCUGUGAAGGCAGCUGGGGGAAGGGAGGAUUCACUAAUCUUUUUGUCCAUGACAAUGUGGUCUUGAUCUCAGCAGCUCAAGGAAGAAAUCAGGCGGGGCUUUGCGGGACUGGAGGACCCAUUGGCCGGACUCCUGGACAUGCUGGAGAGCAGCGGAGAUUGGAAGGGGAAGGGGCAUUCCCUCGGGUAUUGCAUCACCACUGAGUUGCAGCUUUGGAUAAAAGAGCAUCCUGCUGUUCAACAGUCUGGCAUCAAGCUGAAGAAGCUGCAGGCCCGUGUACUCAGAAUACUAGCCCAGUGCCCAGCUAAUCUUCUUGACCCUCUGAUUAGCAUUUACCAGCUCCAUACAGCAGACCGGAACUAUUUGCUUGGACAUGUCAGUCAUCUUUAUCACAAGGGCAAUUACAAAGAGAAAAGCUCAUUUACUAGUCAUUCCCAGUGUGAAGAACAGGAAACCUCAACUGUUGCUUACCCUCAGUCAUAA